AUGGCUUCUUCAUCAGAUCCGAAGGUCUUACACCGCGUUAUACGCUUCAUCUCAGGUCUUGCCGUCUCGUCAUUCUUCACAGAGCUGCGAGUAAUAGGUGGAGAGAAUGUGCCAAAGGAUGGACCAAUUAUUGUAACUGCGACUCACCACAAUAUGAUGCUUGACCCCGUCGUUCUUUCUGUGGGAUUUCCCCAUCGCCGCAUCCUCAAUUAUUGGAGCAAAGCGAGUUUGUUUAACAACCCAAUCAUGCGAUACAUUCUUUUCUCCUCUGGCAACAUCCCAGUCGAUCGCAAAUCGAAAGACCGCCAAGCUCUCUUCAAAGGGACCUUUGACGCCCUUUCUAAGGGUGAAGCUGUUGCUUUAUUUCCGGAAGGAACGAGCUACACCGAGCCAAGAAUUAUGCAAGUUAAAGACGGGGCGGCGUGGGCAGCAUUGGAAUUUUCUAAAUGGUUAAGGGAGCACCCAGAUGUUGACACGCGAACCGUGACGAUCAUUCCCACUUCAAUUGUGUACACCAAUAAAUCCAAGUAUAGGAGCGGAGUCAUCAUGGAGUUCGGUCGCCCAAUUUCCGUCAAGGAUUACGAAGAACAGUUUUUCUCCACGGAAGAGAAUGCAGCCCGUGCCGCUGUUAAACGACUGACGCGCGCCAUCGAAAGUGAAUUGGUAGAGACAAGUAUCAAUGCUCCGGAUUGGGAUACCCUAUACACUGCCAGAAUGGCUCGAGAUCUACUGUGGGAAGGGGGCAAGUCAAUCAAGCUGGAUGAAUUUGUUAUUAUUUCUCAGACCCUCGUCGAUCUAUUCUCUACUCCAGACCUGACUGCUAACUUCAAGUCGGUGAAACGCCAUUUAUUGGGAUAUUAUUCUCUUCUGCAGUCAUCCCAUCUCACUAACUCUGUGCUCUCAUCUUUACCACUGUCGGAAUCAUUAAACCCAAACACACCAACAACUAUUCCAGGCCGGCUUUUCACACUUCUCAUCCUUAUUCGUGAUUCUCUUUCCGCUCUUGUUCAAUUACCCUUUUUCUUCGUUCCUUUAAUUGUCCACCUCCCCGUGUAUGCAAUGGGCCGUUUUGGCGCCAAGUUGGUGGAAGAUGAGGAAGAAACUCAAGCACAGAACAAGGUGGCAUUUGGCCUGAUCUCGUUAUUGCUCAUCUACUCUGGGUCGUUCUUUUUCCUUUGGGCUCUGUUUUGGUAUACCCCCGCGGGAGCAUUGUUUUCGGCCUUUUUGGUUUAUCUUUUUGCGGUAUAUCAUAUCAAGAUGAUUGAUAGUAAUUAUGAGCGGGCGAAACGAUUGAUUGCCACCUGGCGAAUCCUUGUUGGGGUUUGGACACCGAAACGGUGGGACCUCUCUAUGGCAGCCCUAUCUCAGUAUACCACGCCGAAAACGCCGCCGGAAAAUCCUUGGAUAGACCGGCCAAAGACACCUGUGGAAGGGGAAGCGACUGCGGCACGCUCUGAUGCAAACAGACCAAUAGGUUCUGGAACAGGAAAUCGCUCUGCGCGUCGGCCUCCGUCACGUCGCCUUGUUCGGCAUGUUUUGAAGGCGCGUGUGGAAGCCGUAAAUGCACUCGCUAGCUUUUUUGAUCAGCUGGAACGGGAGGGCGGUGACAAAAGGGUUAACUCGAGUCUGCAUCUGGCGAGAUUAUUUGGCCAGGUAACCGAUGGCGAGAGCAGUGAGAAGGGAUGGAGGUACUCUAAGGAGGUAGUCGGGUUUCUCCGACAAAGAGGUGCCAAAAUCCCAACACUGGGGAAUGAGGUUAUCAAUGGCGCAUGGGCGGCACUGAGCAGUGAGGGAGAGGGAUAUACUACAUCUGAGGAGAAGGAUGAACCAGUGUGGGUAGCGUAGUCGUUGGUACAUAGGAUUUAACUGGGUAGUCAGGGUCUUGAAUCGUGUUGGCAUCAAAGUGAAUCGAGUGAAGGAAUUACCCUUUAAAA